AUGAGCCAAGCGGCGGCUUUAUCAUAUCAUGAGCCUAACAUAAUCGUGAUUUUGAUAUUGGCUUCUUUUCUUAUAAUCCUCAACAUCGUGGGGCGAGCUCUUGACAGUCUCCUUUACUGCGGCUUAUUGGGUCAAAUAUUCAUCGGUGUUGCGUGGGGCCUUCCUGGAGGAAAAUGGCUCUCACUACCUUUUCAGCAAUCUGUAGUUCAGUUAGGUUACCUGGGCUUAAUUUUACUAGUUUACGAAGGAGGACUUUCAACAGACUUCCGCGCAAUGAAAGCUAAUUUUAUGCUAUCGACGUUCCUGGCUCUCACUGGUGUUAUUGCACCAAUUGGAAUGUCCUUUGUACUAAUGAGUCUCUCGCAUGCCACUCCUCUACAGUCUUUCGCAGCAGGUGCAUCAUUGUGUUCGACCAGCCUGGGAACGACAUUAACUGUAUUAAAAAUCAGCGGUCUCAAGCAAAGUCGCCUUGGAGUGGUUUUAACGUGUGCGGCCAUGUUGGAUGAUGUUGUAGGACUUGUUAUGGCACAGAUCAUUUCUAAUUUAGGAGGCAGCGGAUCGAUUAAUCCCGUAAUUAUAAUCCGACCAAUUUUGGUUUCUUUUGCAUUUGCAGUUGUUGUUCCCCUGGUAUGCGUGUUUUUGAUAAAGCCUCUAGCUUGUAGAAUGCAGCAUUGCCACUUAAAGAAAGUCCGGUUUUUUCCGACUACAGUGCAGAUGACAUUUUUGGCGCACACAUUAAUCCUUUUUGGGUUUGUUGUGGGAUCGAGUUAUGCCGGCACCUCGAACCUUUACGCUGCUUACCUCGCAGGUGCUUGUAUAGGCUGGUAUGACAAUGAAGUCAACAGGGGCGCAUUUGUUGAACGCACUUCCGCUACUUUGGCCAACAGUAACAAAGGUUAUUUUUCCCCCAAAAAAAUAGGCCAGAUGCUUGCACUUGCGCCCCAAGCAGAAGCGUUCAGUAAAAGUUCUAAACAUCCUCACUCAGAUUUCGAAACUCCAAAGUUGCCACCUUCUGCCGCUAUAAGAUGUUCUGGCACUGAUGACUUGAACGAUAAUGUGGAGGAGGAAAACACAGAAGAUAAGCAAUUAAAUCCGAACGAUACUGUCACGGGCUCGGAAACCAGUAUUUCCACUAGCAAUUUGCGUUCUGGGCAUGUCUCUGGGCUUCACAUAUGGGAAGCGUACUACGAAGUGCCCCUCUCGACUGUUUUGAAACCGUUUUUUUUUGCGUCAAUCGGCUUUUCCAUUCCCAUUUCCGAGAUGUUUGAUGGAAACAUCAUAUGGAAAGGUAUAGUAUAUGCUAUUUUGAUGACUUUGGGCAAAUUCAUAUGUGGUGCGUGGUUAUUGAGAAGCAUUUGUUUCAAACGUUUUGCGAAUGACGUUGAAAGCGGUGGCCACAUCUGGGGCUUCCCAAAAGCAAGAUCGCUUAUUCCUCCAUCGAUCAUGGGCUAUGCUAUGGUUGCCCGCGGAGAGAUUGGAUUUCUGAUUUCUGCUUUGGCAGAAAGUCGAGGCAUUUUCACUCCAGAGCAGUAUUAUAUUGUGACAUGGGGAAUUGUGCUUUGCACAAUUGUUGGUCCCCUAAUGGUUGGUUUGUUAACCAGCAAAGUCAGAAAAAUUCGUGAUUCGAAAGAGCUGGCUGCGAGCGCAGAGCACGAUCCGAUGGGCAUUUGGGCUUAA